UAUUUUAUUAAAAAGAUAAUAUUCGUGUUUCUCAUUUUGGAGUCAUAAUAAAGAAACCUUCGUUUUAAUUUAAUCCCUCCAAGAAACCUGAAGAUUCUAAGAAGCUGCCAGUAAAACUAAUAAAGGAAGAGAGACCAAAGAAGAAGAAGAAGAAGAAGAAGAAGAAGAGAAAACCCAAAUUUUUCCUUCGCUUUCCCGAGAAAAUGUCGCGUCUUGACGACAUACCUUCAAGCCCAGGCAAAUUCAAGAUGGAGAAAUCUUCUUACUUGCAUCGUCUCAGAUUCCAAUCUUCUCUCACAAAGUUUGCAUUUUUCUCCUUCUUCCUCCUCUGUCUCAUCUCUCUACUCUUCCUCCGAUCUCCCCCGUCCAUUAACCCUUCUUCACCGUCCGAUCCAUCUCGCCGUUCACUCCGAACCAACAGCUACGGAGGACCAGCUUGGGAAAAACGUCUCCGAUCCUCAGCUCGAAUCCGAACCUCAACAACCAACGGAAUCACAGUUUUAGUCACCGGAGCAGCUGGUUUCGUCGGAACACACGUCUCCGCCGCAUUAAAACGCCGCGGAGACGGCGUAAUCGGCCUCGACAACUUCAACGAUUACUACGAUCCAUCUCUGAAACGAGCAAGACAAGCUUUACUCGAGAGAAGUGGGAUCUUCAUCGUAGAAGGAGACAUAAACGACGUCGAAUUGCUUCGUAAGCUAUUCAAGAUCGUCUCCUUCACACACGUUAUGCAUUUAGCAGCUCAAGCUGGUGUACGGUACGCAAUGGAAAACCCUAGCUCUUAUGUUCACAGCAACAUCGCCGGAUUUGUCAAUCUCCUCGAGAUCUGCAAAUCUGUGAAUCCACAACCUGCUAUAGUCUGGGCUUCGUCUAGCUCCGUCUACGGACUCAACACGAAAGUUCCGUUCUCGGAGAAAGAUAAAACAGAUCAACCGGCGAGUUUAUACGCCGCGACUAAAAAAGCCGGCGAAGAGAUCGCACAUACCUACAACCACAUCUAUGGAUUAUCUCUAACCGGAUUGAGGUUUUUCACGGUGUAUGGACCUUGGGGAAGACCAGACAUGGCGUAUUUCUUCUUCACUAAAGAUAUUCUAAAAGGUAAAUCGAUUUCGAUAUUCGAAUCGGCGAAUCAUGGAACGGUGGCUAGGGAUUUCACUUACAUCGACGAUAUAGUGAAAGGAUGUUUAGCGGCGCUAGAUACGGCGGAGAAGAGUACAGGAAGUGGAGGGAAGAAGAGAGGUCCGGCGCAAUUGAGAGUGUUUAACCUCGGAAACACGUCGCCGGUGCCGGUUUCAGAUCUGGUGAGAAUAUUGGAGAGACAAUUGAAAGUGAAGGCAAAGAAGAAUUUGAUUAAGAUGCCACGAAACGGUGACGUUCCGUUUACUCAUGCUAAUAUUAGUUUAGCUCAACGUGAGCUUGGUUAUAAACCGACGACGGAUUUGCAAACCGGUUUGAAGAAGUUUGUGAGAUGGUAUUUGAGUUAUUACUCCGGCGAGAAAAAAGCCGCCGCUAGAUGAUUUUUUUUGGUUGAUGAUCUUUUGAUUUCUUGUUUGCUUAUUGAUUUGAGUAAUUUUGGGUAUUUGUUGUAACAGAUUGAACACAUAAACCCAUUUCGGUAAU